AUGGAAGGGAAUGGAGAAAUAAUUGAAACAUUGGAUGGUUCAAUGUUUGCGAAUCUAGCAGAAGGGGAGACAAUCACAUUAAGUUUAGAAGAAGCAAGUCAGUUAUUAUUGGAUGGAGGACAGUUUGCUCCGGGUACUUAUCAGAUCGUAACCACUGGUACACCUAAUAUCAAUCAGGAAUUAGUACAGGUACCGUAUGAUAUUCACCAUGACAACUCGUCAGCCACGAAUCAGUCGACCAUGGUAUCACUAUUACCUAGUAAUAUACAACACUUGACACCAGGGGGUGAUUUACAGACCAAAAAUACACAGGAUGUAGGACAGGAAGAAGAUGAAGUUCCAAUGGAAGGAGUUUCCGAAGAUUUUAUUCCUGAUAAUUCCCAAGGCGGGGAGAAAAUGAACGUAAAAUCUGAGGGUUUGGAAGCAAAAUUUGAAAACCAGGCAUUUGAAUUAGAGCAGGAUGCCAAAAAGGUUGAAAUUUCAAUAAUUCAAGAGUCAGGGGAUUCAAAUUCACAAUCUCAAACCGAAAUUUCCGUCUUACAGUCUGCCGAGAAUGGAAAUCAAAAUUUUGAAAAUGUGAACUCUUCAAAUUCUAAUGAAAAUCCAAAUGCAAACGACACAGAAACCACACAAGAUAUUCCAAACGAAAUUGAGCAAAGUUCAACACCCGAUGAAAAUUCCAAAGAAUCAGAAAAAUCAGCUGUGAAGGAAAUCAAAAUCAAGAAAGAGCCGAAACCAGAUCUAGAUUGUCCAAUAUCGGUCAGCGACAGAACAGAAGUAGUAAUCAACGGCAAGAAAUGUGUAUUACUGGUCAAUCCAGACACAAAAGAAAUGUGUGCCUACCCCCUACUGCCCCCUGACGGUAAGCGUAGAAGAGGCCGACCGAAGAAGCCCCCGCGAACAGCAGAAGAGAUUGAGAUAGAGAAGGAAGAAAAGAAGAAGGCAGCCCAAUCUCAGGAACAGGAGGGUGAUCAAAACUCUAGUGCUGUUCAAGGUUUACUAGAACUCUCUAACUCUGAUCCUGACAGUCUCAGAAGAAGUGGAAGAGCUCGGAAAAAAACUAAAACUUUGGAAGAAUAUGAGAAUUUGGAACUGUCAGAUGUGGAAGAUAUCGAGGAUGCUGGAGCGAUUGAUGAUGAUGAUGAAGAUGAGGAUGUUGUGUUGCCUGGAUACAAGAGACGUAAAAUAGACACCACUUUCCAGUCUCUUAUACCCACUCCUACUAGUGAAAAACGACCACGUGGACGACCAAGACGUUAUCCUCCAGCAGGUCAAGUAGCGACCUCUUCCUCAAUCCCAGCAGUCCUCAUUCCUUCCUCUAACGGUCAGACCUUAAUGAUGGCACCCCUUCAGGGAGUUCAAAAUUUACAAAGUUUACAGAGUCAAGUAAAAUCUAUUAAUACUCAACUGUUGCCAUCGAUGAUGACCACAGACACUAGUUUAUCAGUAGACUCUACUGUCCAGUCUUUAUUACCAGCAGAUGGUUCACAGAGUAGCCAGGAUCUACCAGACGGUCCAACCCCUGCUAUAGAUACUUCUUCUGUAUCUGUAAUAGAAGGUACUAUGUUAAACAAUCUAGAAGCUGACAGUUUGAAUUUAAAUACAUCUGAUUCAGCUCUGACCUUAGAAGGUGAAGAAGCUGAAGAGAGUGAUGAGAAACCAACCAUUAUACAAAUUCCUGAAAAUCUGCUUCCUAUGUUUGUCCCUAAAAAAGAUCCAGUCAGAAUCGGUAAGUGUUUUGGGGGAUGGAUUGUAGCUCACACUAUUAGAGUGUUAGAAUCUUGA